AAACAAGAAGAAGAUCGACCGGCGUCACACCGGCAAUCUCACAGAAAAACAUGGCGAACACGGCAGCACGGUCCAACAUAGAUGAUUUGAUGAGAUACACCGAAUAUUCUCCUAAAACGAAUCUAAGGAGCGACGCGGAAAUAGACAGAAAGCUGGGAGGGACUCUUAUUGCAGUUGGACUCUGUGCUGCUGCUGCAGGUUUUGCAGGUCGUUACGCGUUCCAGCUGUGGAAGCCUCUGGGACAGGUUUUCUCUGAAACUCUGAGGAAGAUGCCCUCAUCGGCUUUCUCCUCGUACUACAAAGGAGGUUUUGAGCAGAAAAUGUCCCGACGAGAAGCCAGCCUCAUCCUCGGCAUCAGCCCGACAAGCACAAAGAAUAAAGUCCGAGAGGCACAUAGGAGGAUCAUGGUUCUGAACCAUCCUGAUAAAGGUGGCUCACCGUAUCUCGCUGCCAAGAUCAACGAAGCCAAAGACCUUUUAGACAAGGAGACCCGCCGAUGACCUGCACCACGAGGUCAUCGACCUCACAGCCUCACAUUCGUUACGCCCCAUCAGCACCCAUUUUCUCAUACAGAGGCCUCCUCUGAGAUGCCCAGAGUAGUCCAUCAGCUUGUGUUGUGUAAAACCUCUAAACAUGUGGGAGUGAACAAAGACACUGAUCUCUUAAAUGUACAGCAUCUGGGGAAAAAAUUGAAGAUUUUUAACAACUGCCCCCUGCUGGGACAUUUCUGCAAAUACAGGUGUGAUCCAGUUAAAAACAGACACAAGAGUUAUGUUUCUGGAAAAGAAAAUAAGAUAAAGGUGCAGAAACACUGAUUGCAUUCUGCAUUGUGUAUACAAUAUUUCAUGAACCUGUUUGCAUAGUUUAAAUAUAAAUUAUUUAAAUAAACUGUUGGAUAUGACAAAACACC